GGCAUUGCAGGAUUGCUCCUCGCCUCCCAUUCAUGUAACCUGCGCCCACACUCGCCGUGUGUCUGUGUGUGUCCGACUGAGGAGAAGCCGGGGGGAUAAGAAACACAGAGAAGAGCAGGGGGUGAGAUUGUGCCCCCACCCAGCAGUCUGGCCAAGGGAACCCUGUAUUCCGCUUUCUGGGGAGAAACAAAUCCCAGGACGUCGUUUCCAGUAUUUCAGGGGUUUAUUUUUUAGUUCCCCAGUUUUUUGGAUCUUGUGAGGAGAGAGAAGAGCCGGGGGAAGGCUGCGGAAUGGUAUGGUGAAUGGUGCCUCGAGGCUAUUGGACACCGAAGUCUGGCAGAACAUUCAACAUAAGAUAUCUGAACUGAUUGUAUGGAUUGUCACCAAGGAGGCACUUCCAAAGGAACCUCUCCACCGUCAUGGCCCAGCGACGAAGCAGUUUCACUAAUGGGGUCAUCGACUCAAGACUUGGCCAAGGACGUCACUCAUCUCUUCCUUAAAGUUUCUGUCUGAUGACUAGAGGGAAGCAGCAUUCUGGCACCGGCGUAUCGCUAUCGAUGUAAUCUUCAAAAGACCUUCCUUUUGGAUUUUUAUGGCAACAUGGGUGCCUUGUCCUGUGUUUGUAUGGCGUAAUUGUGACACAACUGAUCCCGACAAAAGUAGCCUUGAAUAAACACCCAUUUUGCAACUGAAAGAUACUGAAAAGCUGUUGUGUGUUUAAUGGGUUCCCCCUAGAUACACAGAAAGAAGAAAUAGCUUCUGUCUGCGAUUCCCGUCAAUGGUGAGACAUAGAAGUGUGUCAUGGAUGUGAAAGAAAGGAAACCGUACCGAUCUCUGACAAGGCGCCGAGACACCGAGCGACGUUACACCAGCUCCUCGGCUGAUAGUGAUGAUAGCAAGGUUCCCCAGAAAUCUUACAGCUCCAGUGAGACUCUAAAGGCGUACGACCAAGACUCAAGGCUAACCUACAGCAACCGUGUGAAAGACAUGGUCCACCAGGAAAUUGAUGAAUUUUGUAGGUCAGGUGGCAGUUUCACUCUGCACGAAUUGGGUCUGGGGGAAGUGUCACCGCCCCAUGGAACACUAUACCGAACCGAUCUGGGGCUGCCACAUUGCGGCUAUUCUAUGACCAGUGACAAUGACGCCGACACGGAACCAGACGCCGUGUUAUCUCCAGAGCACCCAGUCAGGCUAUGGGCACGCAGCACCAAGUCAGGCCGAAGCUCCUGUUUGUCCAGUAGGGCCAACUCCAACCUGACCCUCACAGACACAGAACACGAGAACACGGAAAACGGUCCUCCCUUGCAUUGUUCAUCUGCCUCAUCAAGCCCAAUUGAACAAACCCCUUCCCCUCCCCCUAGCCCAGCAGCCAAUGAGUGCCAGAGGAGGCUACUAGGCAGCUCUGUGGCCCCAGCAGCAGCAGCAGCAGCAGCGCAGGAUUCUGACUCUGAAGGAGACUUUGUCCCUAAUUCCUUCUUAGUUAAAAGUGAUUCUGCAAACCUGGCUGUCCCUGCCAAUGAUCAGCCGCUGGUUCUGCAGAAUCAUUUGAGACUAAGGACCCCCCCACCGCCCUUAAGCCACCCACAAAUCCCUCAUCAUGCCGCGUCCAUCAAUUCUUUGAACAGGGGCAAUUACACCCCGCGUAGCAACCCCAGCCCCGCGCCUACGGACCACUCUCUGUCGGGGGAGCCGCCGGGCGGGGGCCAGGAGGCCAUACAUGCCCAGGACAACUGGUUGCUAAACAGCAACAUUCCCCUGGAGACCAGAAACAUUGCAAAGCAAGCAUUCCUAGAGAGUUUGCAGGACAACCUCAUUGAGAUGGACAUUCUCCCCACCUCCCGACAUGACGGUGCUUACAAUGAUGGGCAUUUUCUGUUUAAGCCUGGAGGUACCUCCCCGCUGUUCUGCACCACGUCGCCCGGGUACCCCCUCACAUCCAGCACCGUGUACUCUCCCCCUCCGAGGCCGCUCCCUCGCAGCACCUUCUCCCGGCCGGCCUUUAACCUGAAGAAGCCGUACAAAUACUGCAACUGGAAAUGUGCCGCCCUGAGCGCCAUCAUCAUCUCCGUCACUCUGGUGAUCCUCCUGGCCUACUUCAUUGCCAUGCACCUGUUUGGCCUAAACUGGCACCUACAGCCGGCGGAGGGGCAGAUGUAUGAGAUCACGGAGGACAGAGGCAGCAGUUGGCCGGUCCCAACCGACGUCACCUUGUACCCCUCAGGGGGAACAGGCUUAGAAUUACCUGAGAGGAAAGGCAAAGGAACCAGCGAAGGAAAGCCCAACAGUUUGUUUCCCGAGGAAACAUUUAUCGACUCAGGGGAACUGGACGUGGGCCGACGAGCCACUCAGAAGAUCCCUCCCGGAAUAUUUUGGAGGUCUCAGGUUUUCAUUGACCAUCCCGUGCACCUCAAGUUCAACGUCUCCUUAGGAAAAGCUGCUCUGGUUGGAAUCUACGGCAGGAGAGGCCUUCCCCCAUCCCACACACAGUUCGAUUUUGUGGAGUUAUUAGACGGCCGACGUCUGCUGGUUCAGGAGGCGCGGGGUUUGGAAGUUCCGCAGCGGCUGCACAGAGUUAUUGCUCCUCUGUCGAGUCACGAGACGGGAUUCAUCCAGUACUUGGACUCUGGAAUAUGGCACCUUGCGUUCUACAACGAUGGCAAAGAGACGGAAGUGGUGUCUUUCCUCACAACUGCUAUUGAGUCCGUGGAUGACUGUCCCAGUAACUGCUAUGGGAAUGGCGAAUGUGUCGCUGGGAACUGCCACUGUUUUCUUGGUUUCCUAGGACCGGACUGUGGGAGAGCAUCGUGUCCCGUGUUGUGCAGCGGAAAUGGACAGUAUAUGAAAGGUCGGUGCUUGUGCCACAGCGGCUGGAAAGGGGCAGAGUGUGACGUUCCCACAAGUCAGUGCAUCGACAUUACCUGCAGUAACCAUGGCACUUGCAUUAUGGGUACCUGCAUCUGCAACCCUGGGUACAAGGGUGAGAACUGCGAGGAAGUGGACUGCAUCGACCCAACCUGCUCAGGCCGCGGGGUGUGUGUGCGAGGAGAGUGCCACUGUGCCAUUGGCUGGGGAGGAGCGAGCUGCGAGAAUCCCAGGGCUACCUGCUUAGACCAGUGUUCUGGGCAUGGGACCUAUCAAACUGAGACCGGUGUCUGCUCCUGUGACCCCAACUGGACUGGACAUGACUGCUCAACAGAGAUCUGUGCCGCAGAUUGCGGCGGGCACGGUAUGUGCAUCGGAGGAAGCUGUCGCUGUGAUGAAGGCUGGAUGGGCACCGCCUGCGAUCAACGAGCUUGCCACCCGCGCUGCAACGAGCACGGAACGUGCAGGGACGGAAAGUGUGAAUGCAGCCCUGGGUGGAACGGAGAGCAUUGCACUAUUGAGGGCUGCCCUGGACUGUGCAAUGGGAAUGGCAGGUGUACCCUGGAUUUGAAUGGCUGGCAUUGUGUCUGUCAGGUGGGCUGGAGGGGAUCCGGAUGUGACAUCUCCAUGGAAACAGCGUGCAACGAUGGGAAAGAUAAUGAUGCAGAUGGCCUCGUUGACUGCAUGGAUCCUGAUUGCUGUUUGCAACAUUCCUGUCAAACCAGUUCUUUGUGUCUGGGUUCCCCGGACCCCCUUGACAUCAUCCAGGAGACUCAAGCCCCAGUGCCCCACCAGAACCUACAGUCCUUCUACAACAGGGUGAAGUUCCUAAUAGGCAAGGACAGCACCCACUACAUCCCCGGAGAAAACCCAUUCAACAGAGGACAUGCUUGUGUCAUACGUGGUCAGGUGAUUACAUCAGAUGGGACCCCGCUAGUCGGCGUGAAUAUCAGUUUUGUUGGGUUAUCGGCCUUUGGCUACACUAUCAGCCGACAAGAUGGAAGCUUUGACCUUGUGACCAAUGGAGGAGUUUCCAUCACUCUCCGCUUUGAGCGGGCGCCAUUUAUUACCCAAGAACACACCCUCUGGCUUCCAUGGGAUCGUUUUUUUGUUAUGGAGACCAUCACAAUGCGCCACGAGGAGAAUGAGAUCCCCAGCUGUGACCUGAGUAGCUUUGCCCGUCCCAACCCAGUGCUCUCCCCUGCACCGCUCACUGCAUUUGCCAGCUCCUGCUCAGCCAAAGGCCCCAUUGUACCUGAAAUCCAGGCCCUGCAAGAGGAAAUUCCGAUCCCGGGAAGCAAAAUCAGACUAAGUUAUCUGAGCAGCCGGAACGCUGGUUACAAAUCUGUCCUGAGAAUCAGCCUGACCCAUCCCACCAUCCCCUUCAACCUUAUGAAAGUCCAUCUGAUGGUGGCCGUGGAGGGACGCCUCUUCCGGAAGUGGUUUUCUGCUGCCCCCGAUCUCUCGUACUUUUUCAUCUGGGAUAAGACCGAUGUCUACAGCCAGAAAGUCUAUGGACUGUCGGAGGCUUUUGUCUCCGUGGGAUAUGAAUACGAAUCCUGUCCAGACCUGAUCCUCUGGGAGAAGAGAACUGCUGUUCUUCAAGGCUAUGAGAUAGAGUCAUCUAAGUUGGGCGGUUGGUCUUUGGACAAGCAUCAUGCUCUCAAUAUACAAAGUGGCAUCUUGCACAAGGGCAACGGAGAGAACCAGUUCAUAUCCCAGCAGCCCCCUGUGAUUGGCAGCACCAUGGGAAAUGGGCGCAGAAGGAGCAUCUCUUGCCCCAGCUGUAAUGGGCUUGCCGAUGGGAAUAAGCUAUUAGCUCCUGUCGCUCUGACAUGCGGACCAGACGGAAGCAUUUACGUGGGUGACUUCAACUUCAUCAGGAGGAUUUUCCCCUCUGGAAAUGUCACCAGCAUCUUAGAGCUAAGAAAUAAAGAGUUCAGACAUAGUCACAGUCCCGCCCAUAAAUAUUACCUGGCCACAGACCCAAUCACAGGCGCCAUUCUCCUCUCCGAUACCAAUAGCCGGCGGGUUUACAAGAUCAAGUCAACGAACGUGGUGAAGGAAUUUGCCAAGAACUCGGAGGUGAUAGCCGGAACUGGGGACCAGUGCCUUCCCUUCGAUGAUACUCGAUGCGGGGAUGGGGGCAAAGCUAUCGAAGCUUCUCUCAACAACCCAAGAGGCAUCACGGUAGAUAAAUUCGGGUUGAUUUACUUCGUCGAUGGAACGAUGAUCCGUCGCAUUGACCAGAAUGGCAUCAUCUCCACCUUGCUGGGAUCCAAUGACCUGACCUCGGCCAGGCCCCUGAGCUGUGAUUCUGUAAUGGAUAUUUCCCAGGUUCGACUGGAAUGGCCAACAGACUUAGCAGUAAAUCCCAUGGACAACUCACUGUAUGUCCUUGACAACAACGUGGUUUUACAGAUCUCCGAGAACCACCAAGUGCGCAUUGUAGCAGGAAGGCCGAUGCACUGCCAGGUCCCAGGGAUUGACCAUUUCCUGCUGAGUAAAGUGGCCAUCCAUGCCACCCUGGAAGCAGCCGUCGCGUUGGCUGUGUCACAUAAUGGAAUUCUGUACAUUUCUGAAACGGAUGAGAAAAAGAUUAACAGAAUCAGACAGGUCACCACCAAUGGGGAAAUCUCAUUGGUCGCUGGGGCCCCUAGUGGAUGUGACUGCAAGAACGAUGCCAAUUGUGAGUGCUUUUCUGGGGAUGAUGGCUAUGCCAAGGAUGCAAAAUUAAAUUCCCCAUCAUCCCUGGCUGUUUGCGCAGACGGUGAGCUGUAUGUAGCCGAUCUGGGAAAUAUACGGAUACGAUUUAUUCGCACUAACAAGCCGUUCCUCAACAGUCAGAACAUGUAUGAAGUUUCAUCUCCGAUCGAUCAGGAGUUGUAUCUGUUCGACACCACGGGAAGACACCUUUAUACCCAGAGUCUAACCACCGGAGACUAUCUCUACAACUUCACAUACACUGGGGAGGGAGAUUUAACCCUCAUUACCGAUAACAAUGGAAAUACUUUGAACGUAAGGCGGGACUCAACCGGAAUGCCACUUUGGUUGGUGGUACCUGAUGGACAAGUCUACUGGUUGACCAUAGGUACAAACAGUGCUCUAAAAAGUGUGUCCGCGCAAGGUCAUGAGUUGGCCAUGAUGACCUACCAUGGAAAUUCAGGUCUGCUCGCCACCAAGAGUAAUGAAGACGGCUGGACGACAUUUUAUGAAUAUGACACCUUUGGGCGUCUCACCAACGUUACCUUCCCAACGGGUCAAGUCAGCAGUUUCCGCGGCGACACGGACAGUUCGGUGCAUGUCCAGAUGGAGACGUCCAAUAAGGAAGAUGUCACCAUUACGACCAAUCUGUCCGCCUCGGGGGCCUUUUACACUCUGCUACAAGACCAAGUACGAAACAGCUAUUACAUAGGUGCCGAUGGCUCUCUCAGGCUUAUUUUGGCUAAUGGCAUGGAAGUGGCCUUGCAGACUGAGCCUCAUCUAUUGGCUGGGACGGUGAACCCCACGGUUGGCAAAAGGAACGUCACGCUGCCCAUAGACAAUGGACUGAACUUGGUAGAGUGGAGGCAACGGAAGGAGCAAGCGAGGGGACAAGUCACUGUGUUUGGGCGAAGGCUGAGGGUGCACAACAGGAACUUGCUCUCUCUUGAUUUCGACCGAGUUACAAGAACGGAAAAGAUUUAUGACGAUCACCGCAAGUUUACCCUGAGAAUCCUGUAUGACCAAGCGGGUAGGCCAAGCCUUUGGUCCCCGAGCAGCAGGCUAAAUGGAGUCAAUGUUACCUACUCGCCAGGGGGACAUGUAGCGGGGAUUCAAAGGGGGACAAUGUCCGAGAGAAUGGAAUAUGAUCAAACUGGAAGGAUCAUAUCGCGGACAUUCGCUGAUGGCAAGACAUGGGGCUACACUUAUCUAGAGAAGUCCAUGGUGUUGCUCCUGCAUAGCCAGAGACAGUACAUAUUCGAGUUUGACAAGAACGAUCGCUUAUCUUCAGUCACAAUGCCCAAUGUUGCAAGACAGACCAUGGAGACCGUCCGCUCUAUUGGAUACUACAGAAAUAUCUACCGGCCCCAUGAGGGAAAUGCCUCUGUCAUCCAGGACUUCUCAGAGGAAGGGCAGCUCCUGCAAACCCUCCACAUGGGCACGGGGAGACGUAUCAUAUACAAAUAUGGAAAGCUGUCCAAACUUGCAGAGAUCUUGUAUGACACCACCAGAAUCGCUUUCUCUUACGACGAGACUGCCGGCAUGCUGAAGGCUAUCAACCUGCAGAAUGAGGGGUUUACUUGCAUUAUAAGAUACAGGCAAAUAGGACCUCUGAUUGAUAGGCAGAUAUUUCGCUUCACGGAGGAAGGCAUGGUAAAUGCCCGAUUCGACUACAACUAUGAUAACAGUUUCAGGGUCACCAGCAUGCAGGCCGUCAUCAACGAGACUCCGCUGCCCAUCGACCUGUACAGGUAUGAUGACGUCUCCGGCAAAACGGAGCAGUUUGGUAAAUUUGGAGUGAUCUAUUAUGAUAUUAACCAAAUCAUCACCACAGCCGUUAUGACCCAUACGAAACACUUCGACACCUAUGGAAGAGUCAAGGAGGUGCAGUAUGAGAUCUUCAGAUCCCUUAUGUAUUGGAUGACUGUGCAGUACGAUAAUAUGGGCAGAGUCGUGAAGAAAGAGCUGAAAGUAGGUCCCUAUGCAAAUACUACCAGAUACUCUUACGAGUAUGAUUCCGACGGGCAGCUACAAACUGUGUCCAUAAACGAUAAGCCACUAUGGCGUUACAGCUACGAUCUCAAUGGGAAUUUGCAUCUACUGAGCCCCGGAAAUAGCGCUCGUCUCACACCGCUCAGAUACGACCUGAGAGAUAGGAUCACAAGACUGGGGGAUGUUCAGUACAGGAUGGACGAAGAUGGAUUUUUGAGACAGAGAGGUGGGGACGUGUUCGAGUACAGUUCUGCUGGUCUUCUCGUUAAAGCGUACAACAAGGCUGCGGGCUGGAGUGUGAGAUACCGCUAUGAUGGGCUUGGAAGGAGAGUCUCCAGGAAAACCAACUUGGGACACCACCUACAGUUCUUCUAUGCAGAUCUUGCAAACCCAACCCGGGUUACCCACUUCUACAACCAUUCCAGUUCCGAGAUUGCUUCCCUUUAUUACGACCUUCAGGGGCACCUGUUCGCCAUGGAGCUGAGCAGCGGGGAUGAGUUCUACAUUGCAUGUGACAACAUUGGGACACCGCUGGCCGUCUUCAGCGGAACGGGGCUAAUGAUCAAGCAGAUUCUGUACACAGCCUAUGGUGAGAUCUACCUUGACUCCAAUCCUGGAUUCCAGAUCAUUAUUGGUUACCAUGGUGGCCUUUACGAUCCUCUCACUAAACUUAUCCAUAUGGGCCGGCGGGAAUAUGAUGUCUUAGCUGGGCGAUGGACAAGUCCAGACCAUGACAUAUGGAAGCGCUUGAGUACCACCAACGUAAUGCCGUUCAACCUCUACAUGUUCAAGAACAACAAUCCAGUUAGCAAUGCUCAGGACACCAAAUGUUACAUGACAGAUGUGAACAGUUGGCUGCUGACUUUCGGCUUCCAGCUGCACAACGUGAUCCCCGGCUACCCCAAGCCCGAUAUCGACGCCAUGGAGCCGUCCUACGAACUCAUCAACACCCAGAUGAAGACUCAAGAGUGGGACAACAGCAAGUCUAUUUUGGGAGUGCAGUGCGAGGUGCAGAAACAACUGAAAGCAUUCGUCACCUUGGAGCGAUUCGGUCAGAUCUAUAGCUCCACCAUUGCCGGCUGUCACUUGGAAUCGGAGAACAGGAAGUUCGCCACCCUCGGAUCCAUCUUUGGAAAGGGCGUUAAGUUUGCCAUGAAAGACGGGAGGGUAACCACCGACAUCAUAAGCGUCGCCAACGAGGACGGAAGGAGGAUUGCCGCCAUUUUGAACAACGCCCAGUAUCUGGAGAACUUACACUUCACCACCGACGGCAUCGACACUCAUUACUUCAUCAAACAGGGACCUUCGGAGAACGACCUCUCCAUACUGGGUCUCACCGGUGGGAGGAGAACCUUGGAGAACGGAGUCAACGUAACCGUAUCGCAAAUCAACACCGUUCUGGGUGCAAGGACUAGACGUUAUACGGACAUACAGCUCCAGUACGGCACGCUGUGCCUAAACACACGAUACGGCACCACGCUGGAUGAGGAAAAGGUCCGUGUGCUGGAACUGUCCAGGCAGAGGGCGGUGACCCAAGCCUGGCAGAGAGAGCAGCAAAGACUGCGGGAUGGGGAGGAGGGGACACGUGUAUGGACAGAAGGAGAGAAACAGCAGUUGCUAAACACGGGCCGCGUGCAGGGCUACGAUGGCUACUUUGUUAUUUCAGUGGAGCAGUAUCCAGAACUGUCAGACAGCGCCAACAACAUCCAUUUUAUGAGACAGAGUGAGAUGGGCAGAAGGUGACAGAGAGGGGUGAGGUGUUGACUUCUUGCCAAAGACAGCUACGGUUGUGGCCACAUACCUGAACUGUGUUGGAACCAAUCCUUUUUUCUAACGGACAUAAAAGAGGAGGCGACCAUUCUGUUGCACUGUUAACCCCGCAAUGUUUAUCCCCCCCUCCUGCCCCCCACUUUGGUUUCUUUUAUACAUUUGGCCUUCACGCGUUUUGCAAUGAACAGGAAGUGGGGGAUUUUUUUGCCGUAGCGUGAUCACAGUGAGAUUUUACCGUCUCUUGUUUUUUUAAUAACCCCCCCACCCAGCGUCACCACGACAUGACCAAGUGUGAAUUGCAAAAUGGAUGUCUCUAAUAAUUUCCAUCAUCAACUCUCGAGCAGGGAACAACUCACCUUGAAAAAGGAAGGAGGGGGGGGGAACAAAAUCUAAAGAACUGAAAAUUUGCCUUGAUUUAACCAAAACUGCUCAUCCUCAUUUCCUUUGUGUCUCAACGGCAGUAUGUGACAGAAUGAAUCUCUGUCCCAAUGUGUUGCAAAUGAUAGUAUUUCCCAACAGGUUUGGAUGACACUUGAGACUUGACUCGUUUUCUCAUGUUCUUUUACGGACGAGACGUGACGGGGCUGGCAAGGCCUGUCUCCAAAAACAGAGUAUCAAUACGAAUUGUGUGCCUCUAGAGAACAGCAGGACCUUCUCCGUUUUCACGUGGGACAAUAAGUGUUUUUUUUGGGCUCCUAGUGCACAGAAUGUUGUUAGGAUCAGGAACGUAGACCCGGAACCCACCUCUAAGGGUUCUCCAGUAGAUAAACGUCCGCCUGGUUUGGUUGCGAAUCGAAGCCGUCUUGUGGGUUUUUGUUGUAUAGUUUCUUAUUCAUUGUCAGUGUCCUUAUCCGAAUACAUGCUUUCCUUUUCUGAAGGAACUCACUGGGUUCACGUUCAGUGUAUUAGCGCUUUACCUGUUGUCAUGUGUACUGUGUACAUCUUACAGAAUGCUUCACACCUACUCAUGAGUUCAACGAUUCAAAGAUUUGGCUUCCCUUGAGCCUUUGUCUCCCCUCAUUAAUUGUGGAAUUAAUUGCAUCGUUCUUGCCCUUGGGUCAUGUUGGACUCCACUUGGGAGAUCUACAAGUCCUGAAUCUAAUGAACCACUCGCUGAUUGAACAUGCACUCGGGGUGUUCAGCCAGGCCCGAAUCAUUGAUCCAACAACUUGAAUGCACUUGGGUACUCAACAAGGCCUGUGUCAAUGAGCCACUUACUGUAUCAAUGAGCCACUUACUGUAUCAAUGUCCACAUAAAGCACUUGGACGUGCAGCAACUUUUUCCUCUUGAAGACCACAAACUCCAACCCUAAUCCUCCUGAAAGGUGGUAGCAAUGUAGGGACUGGAGAUUGUGCCAGAACAUUCAUGGUUCAGUCUCUGAUUCACCAUUUCCAUGUUUGAGUAGCCUUAUCCUUCUUUUUUUAAUCUAUUUAAUUUAUUGAAAAAAUUGGUGAGCGGAGAUAAAUGCAUUUCAGCCGAGAAAGAAAAUCCUGUAUAGGAAGCUCAUACGUUUAAUUCCUAAUCACAGGGCCAGGCUUAAGGUCCCCAUACACGGGCCGAUUCUAGCUGCCGAUAUGGGUCCCUUAGACUUAUACGGCAGCUAAUCGGCCCAUGUAUGGACACUACUGACGGGACUUCCCAACCGAUAUCUGGCCUGAAAUCGACCAGGUCUCGAUCGGGCAGGUCUAAAAAUCUAAUCAGAUCGGGGACCGCAUCGGCUUGUUGAUGCGGUCCAUGGACAGACUUUGCCUGUACCUGUCAUUUAUAAUUCGAUCAUUUGGCCCCAGGGCCAAACGAUUGAAUUGGCCUGGAUUCUCCCAAUAUCGCCUACCGAUAGGUGGGGAUAUCGGGAGAAGAUCCGCUCGCUUGGAGACAUCGCCAAGCGAGCAGAUCUUAAGGGACCUUUAGAGAAGGACAAAGACAAGGCAAAGAACUGGGGCUUUGGUCUGAAGAUGCUCAACUUGUGAUGCUAAACUUUUUUUUUUUUUUUAAUUGGGCCCCUAUUCUAAAACUGGCCCUGGCCGAUCAUCGGUGACAGAUGAAGGAAAGCCCUCGUGGGAGCCCAAAAUGAUGGUUCUGCAGCUGUAUUUGGUUACACACAAUUCCGAGCAUCAUGCUAAGUAACUUGCCGCGUCACAGAACAAAUUCCGGUGUAGAUAUAGUUACGGGGGACCCGGUUCCCUAAUAAAGAUCGUUAUAUCCCUCCCAUUUAUGGAAGGAAUUAGAAAAAGAUAUUUUGUAAAAAAAAAAAAAUUGAAAAUAAAAAUUAAAAAAAAAAAUAUCCAAAA